AUGACUCUUUCCAUUUCGUCCCAUAUCCCGAGUUCUCCCUCGCCGCCGUCCUCGCGGACAACGUCUGAUGGUGAUCAAUUUCUAUCGGAAACGGAAAAAAACCUUGAUGAAGCUACUGCUCCACCACCAAUACUCGAUCUAUCGGAAGGAAAUACUCGCCAACAGGACUACCUAGAGAAUGUACGAUCCUCUACUUCUAAUCGGCACUCUGCAAGCCGAACAGCUCAACCCUCGGUGAACGACGACGAAGUGCAAGCCGAACCGCACGGACAAACAAGUCGCACUUCUAAAAUGUUGACAAAGGUCACCACCUACUGCUAUUUGAUAUUGUUUGCAAUUUCUGGAACGCUUACGCGAAUCGUCAUCGAAGCCUUGACAUAUUAUUCCGGGGCGCCUGUCUCAACCCCUGUUUUGUGGGCCAACGUAGGAGGCAGUUUUAUCAUGGGAUUCCUCAGCGAGGACCAGGCGCUUUUCAGUAUAGAGGUGGACCAUGAGGAUGAAUCAGUGCGCCGGACCCAUCAUACUGCUCAUAAGAAGACAAUCCCACUCUAUAUUGGCCUCACCACCGGAUUCUGCGGCUGUCUGACUUCCUUUUCGACCUUUGAGCGAGAUGCAUUCUUGGCUUUGGCAAAUAAUCUACCUAUCCCUCUUGGGCCGUAUUCCUCCCUAUCGAUUCUAUCUUCCACCGGCGCUGGGCAGGUACCGAACGGGGGGUUUAGUUUUAUGGCAAUCCUUGCUGUUAUUAUAACGGAAGUUUGCCUUUCCCUAGCUGCGCUAAAGGGAGGAGCACAUUUCGCCUUACUUACUUCCUCAUGGCUGCCGCAGAUUCCUCUUACAUACCUCCGGCGAUUUAUUGACCCCCUUGUAGUCUUUCUUGCUCCCGCAUCGUGGGUUGCGCCUAUAUGCCUCGUGGCUCUACUUCCGAGAUCCGGUGGUUAUUCCUUCUCAUGGGACCCCGAAACCUGGCGUGGCCCAUUUCUUUUCUCGCUCGUAUUUGCACCUGUCGGGUGCUUUAUGCGAUUCUUCCUCUCAUUAAAACUUAACCGAUACUUUGCUCAAUUUCCUGUGGGAACAUUUGUUUCCAACUUGGGAGGAACAAUGAUUCUGGGUAUGGCAUUUUCGCUGCAGCAUGCGGCCUCUGGAUCUUCCGGGCUUGGGGGUUUCAGUCAGAUAGGUUGUGAAGUGCUGCAGGGCAUCAUGGACGGAUUCUGUGGGUCCAUGACUACAGUAAGCACCUGGGUGCUUGAACUUUCGGAUCUCAGGCGAAGACACGCUUAUUCUUAUGGGCUUGUUAGCAUUGUUGUCCCUUUUGCCAUGUUGGUGAUUGAGAUUGGACCCUUACGGUGGACCCAGGGGUUUGCGUCCCCGGUAUGUUAUAGAUAA